AACACUUUCAUUCUUUCUCGUUAAAUCUUGGGAUUCUGUUAAUUUCUUUGAUCGAUCUCAACCCUAAUCUCGUCAGUUUCAGAAUUUUUAAACCCGAAAAUUUUCAACGAACGAAAAAGAUGCGAACCAAACCCGUCGCAGAGAUGAAGAUCGGUGAGGACGUGCAGCUAGCAGGUGACGAGGCUCUUGCUGAUGUUAUUGCACCUGUGGAAGUUCUUGAACAAUUCUGGAAGCCAGCUGACCCGAAAUUUCGGGUCUCCAUAUUAGUUCAGCGGCGUAUAGAGACUCUUGCCUUAAAUUCCGGACCUGAUGUUGAAGAGGCCGAGAGACUCAUUGGGAAGCCUAAACCUACAGGAGACGUGGAUCCAAAUUGUCCAUUCCACAUCUUACGCCGUGAUCUGCUUCGGUUCGACAUUGUAAACUAUGCGGUCGCAAGCUUGGGUUUCUCGCCUCUUAUUAGCCAACAGGUUUCAACUUUAACAUGGCUUAAAGCUUGGCUUAAUAAUGAUUUGACCAGUGUGCCCAAGCUAGCGAUUUACAAUCAGAACAGUGUUGUCCAAGGGUAUGACCUUCUUCUACCAACUGGGGAUUCACGUGUUGUUCAACAAAACGGCCCUGCUGUUCUAAGGUUUCUUCAAUCAAAAUGCAAAGGGGAUCCUGGAGUUUACUGGCUCUACAAAAGCGCUGAGGAAGAUGAAAUUAAGCUCUUUGACUUUUCCACUACUUCAAAGAACCACUCUUCAUGCGCAAGCUCAUUGCCACUGGUUCUUCAUGCAUGUGCACGCGAGCAGUUGGCAAGGCUCAUAAUGACUAACAAAAAGUUGUUUGAGCCUAAAACAGCAGAGAAGGAAUCAUUUCUAGCAGUUGACCAUAUUUCACAAGCUAUAAAGUUUCUCACGGACAUGCAGAAACAACUACCGUCUUCAGAGCAGGAGGGUGAUUGGCUUUCAACAUCUAUAAUAGACAAGAAGUUGUGGGGUUUAAUUAUGCUUCUUGGUGAAUCUUAUCUCUCUUUGGGUGAAGCUUACAAAGAGGAGGAAAAGCUGGACCAAGCUCUGCGUACUAUAAAAGAAGCUUGCUCCAUCUAUGGAUCACUACCACACAGUUAUGACAAGACUCUGUUUGAUUCUACGCUGCGCGAUUCUAUUUCACGGCCUUUUGAUAUCCCAAAAUUUGCGAAGUGGGUCAAAGAGGAGGAAUACUCAACAGAGGAAGUGAAAGACGAUACCAGUUUGAAGCAACUUUCACCAAAACACCUCUUCUGGGCUAAAGUGUGGCUGUUGGUUGGUGAUAUCUAUGCGAAGUUUAUAAUAAUUCCUCUUUCAUCAGAGGGGUCUGAAGUGGUAACGGAAAAAAAAGUGGUAAAGGAAGAAGUGCGGCUUCAUAAUGAAAAGGUAGGAAACAAGUUAAAGAACAAGUUAACGACAUGCAGGCAUGAAUGUGCCUCAUGUUUGUUAGUGAAUUGCCUCUGCCCGGUUGAUAAAGGUAAGGGCAAGGGCGGCAAGAGCAAGAGCAAGAGCAAGAGCAAGGAGGAAGAGAGCAAGAGCAAGAGCAAGAGCAAGGAGGAAGAGAGAGGUGGGAUAUUCAAAUACCUCAAGGAGUCUAGGAAGAAUGAUGCAGAAACAAACCUGUUUACUGCGUUGCAUUGUUAUAAUCAAGUUCAAAAAGCAUUACCAAGCGGUUGUAAGUUGUUGAUUUCUCUUCACGUAAGGAAAGCGUGGGUAUGGCAUAGAAUUAGUAUGGAAUAUUACAAAAUCGCAAACUUCAAGGAAUGUGAAGACGCAAUGGUUAAAUCUGCUCAGGCAUGUAUGGACAGCGGUGAUUAUGCUAAUCUUAUAGGCUGCUACUGCAGUUUAGGUUCUCUACGCCAAAAUCUGGGUUCAGAAAAGGAGGAGCAGAUGAUGAAAUAUAAGCUUAAAGCUCGGAAAAAAACUCAUCUGGAGCUUGCAACAAAAGAAUACAUCCGCUCACUCCAGUAUUACAUGGAAGCAAAGAAAGGAGUCAGUCGUGCCCUUGAAAAGCGUAGAAUGCUUCCAGAAACGACAAGAGAUGAUGUCCAGUUGAAACUUGCUGUUACGUAUCUUGUGCUUGGUAGAUUAUUGUGUGUAAACUUCACAACUGUUGAUGCACCUACUGAGUUGAAGAGCACCUCGGAAAACACUCAGGGUUCUUUACGUCUUUCAGCCGAUGACGCUGUAAAAGAGGCAUCAGCUUUGUUAGAGUCUCUCGGGAAAGAUAAGGUCGCAUACGCACAUGAUAUGUUGGCGGCGCAUCAUGGAAGUUGCUACGCCAGUAUUUUGGAAGCCAAUGAGCAGGCUGGUUUGGCAAUUAAGAAAUGGAAUGAUGCAGCCAAUGAGCAGGCUGAUUUGGCAUUUAAGAAUUGGAAUGAUGCAAUGGAAUGUUAUGGUCCCGAGAUAAAUCAUCCCGACUCGGUCUUUGUGUCAAUCGUGACAAAGAGAUCUGCUUUAUACUUCAAAAGUCAACGCCAAUCAGAGUUUUUUCAGAUGAUCGACCUUGAAUUGCGUCGUUUUCUUGUCUGUCACCGCAUUUUUGAAGAAGAUGAGAAAAAAAUAGAUGGGAAGGAUGUCCAGAAUUUCUUGCAACAACUGCGAAAUAUUCUAAAGGAAAUGCUGCUCAAUGGCAAAUCUUCAAAAAAACUGGAAGACCUGUACUGCAAAUCACAAAAUGCAACGAGCCUGAGCAGCUUGAAAGACAUGCAUGACACAUGGACAUCAUAAUGUUAAGGACCCCUCCAGAUGGUGUUUUCUUUUGUUUUCAAGUUGGUGUUUUUGAGUCUAUUGUUUCCAAGUAUUCUUCCUUGGUGUUUUGGAGUCUUUUAUUAUUUAUACAGUUUUGGGGUCUUAAAAUCUAACAAACUUUGAAUUUUGAGAUUUUUAUUGGUCACUUUAUAA